CGACAUACAUAUAUACAUAUAGGUAUAUACACAAUUUUCGACCCUUCACUUUAACCAAAACCGACCCGUGAAAAUACUAUAAAAAUCUUCCCUUUCGUGAGAGGAAUCCAACGGUGAAAGAAACAUUGAAAAUGAUCGUCGGAGGGGGGAGAAAUCAGUCGCCGGAUUUGUGGCCGGACUGUUUUCACGUUGUGAAACGGAGAAGAACACUGCACUGCCUCUGCCGCCAGUACACUUCUGACCAUCUUCGACUGGGAUACUCGACCGCCGGACCAUUUUACGUUGUCCAGAAGGUGAACUUGGGGAAGAAGCCGUUAAAGAAGCUUGUUAAGAAUAGUCUGGAAUUUGAGAUGAUGUGAUAUAUGAAGAUUGAUGCCUUGAGAGCGCCCCUAGAAGACUUUUAGAGUAGUCUCAUUAUGAAUAAACUUUAUUAAAUUUCAUUAUUUCAAAUGUCGAAUUUAAUAUUUACUUUAGAUACAUUUAUGGUGGUUAGCCUUAGCAUCCGGUCAGUUGAGGGCUGGGUGUGGCGGUAACAUGCCCCUUUUCCUUGUUAUUCUUAUUUCCGCUGCAAACAAUUGAAAGUUUCGAAUAAAUAAUAAAAAUUUAUUAUUUCUUUAAGUAUUAUUUUGGGAGGGAAAUUUGGGGGUGUUACAAGUUAGUAUCAGAGCCCUUAGUUUUCCUGAAGGGAUGAGAACACGGGGUAAUAGGUCGUAGGGAGAAAUUCUGUCACAAAGACGAUAAUAGUCUAAGCUGGUUGGUGCAUAAUUGAGCCUUUGCGCUCGUCCAACUAACUGGGAAUUUCUCCUUGUGCUGAAACUUCGUUGUUCGAAAUCCUGGAAGAAAACUUUGGAAAUCAUACCUUCAAAAAAAAGGGAUUUUCAAAACAUUUUUUGUAAAAAAAAAGACUAGGAAAAAUAAAUUAGCUAGGAAAUAACCUCCUAGGAACGUGGUGAGGACUUUGUGAGUAUUACUUUUAUGUUAAAUAUAUAUUGUGUGAAAAUUUGAGAAUUUAUGGGCCCAUAUGUGAAAUGGGAACCCCAAGUGUUGAAAUGUGUUGUGAUAUGAAAUGUGCAUCCUACCUGUGAAUAUUUACACCUACGUGGUAAUUAUGUUAUAUAACUUGGUAGCAUAUGGAAUCCUUAGUUCUAGGAUCCUUAAGGAAAAGUAGGAGGAGUCUUUCUUUACUAAUUCAAAUUAUUUAUUAAUUGAGACACCAUGCCACCGAGGAGAGACCCGAAAGCCGUCCCUGCCAAUGCUGAGUUGGCGCAAGCUCUCACGCUGCUCUCCCAGACAAUCACUGUGGCGUUUCAGAACCCACCCAAUAACGGCAAUAACAUGGAAAGUCGUGUAGCGGCACGAAACCCGCCAAGCACCCUUGGGCAAGAGGAUCCAAUCAUUCUCGAGAAUUGGAUACGCACCUUUGACAAGAUGUUUAACGCAAUUCAUUGCCCAGAAGAACAACGAGUUGGCGUUGCUGUUUAUUAUCUGCAUGAAGAAGCAGAUAAAUGGUGGAUUAAUGUGGGACCAGGAUUACGCGCACAACCAGUCUUCACUUGGGAACGCUUCAAGCGUGCACUGCGGAAAAGAUUCUACCCGCCACAUGUGCAGACGGAAAAUUACGACAAGUUUCUGCAUCUAAAGCAAGGGGAGAUGACGGUGCAAGAUUACCACUCUCAAUUUGUCUCGCUGACGGAGUUUGCAUCAUCACUAGUACCCGAUGAGGAGAGCAAGGUUGAGAAGUUCAUCAGGGGACUUAAUUAUGACACUCAGAAGGCUUUGAGUGUGCAAGAAUGCCAAACACUGGAUGAUACCUAUUAU